AAGAAAGCUCAAAUUAUUAAAUUUCACUCACUUCUUUUCAAAUCCUCUGGAAGAGUAGAAGUUGUAAAGUGUUGAAAAAGUAACUCCUAAGAUUUCGAAAAGUUUAUUAGUAAAAAUAUUUAAAGGAAAUUGAGCUGUUGAAAUGGAUAAUUUCUUUUCAGAAAAGUUUAAACAAAAUAAUAACUACAACGGUAUAAUGUUUUCCUCAAAUUAUUUGUUGGAUCAUUAUUCCAAAUUAGUGGCUCAACAUCCGGAUCUGAUGCGUUCAUUUCCUUUGCCAUAUGAUCCACUUUUACAUCGCGACAUGAUGGGUUUGAACACUCUGUCAAACUCACCUGUAACACCAUCCGUAACAUCAUCUGUAAGUGCGUCGGAAUCGGAAUCAACAUCCUCUUCAUCGAGACGAUCAUCAUUUGACUUCGCACACAGUCCGUUGAAAGAACUCGAAAAGGAAGUGACACCAAGUUCAUUGAUGGAGUCAGUAAUUGAAACAGCAACCAACUCCCCCAGAAGGUUAUCAACUGAACCAGAAGCUAGCUCGUCAAGAAAUUUGGAAAUUGCUGAAGUUAACCUAAAUGCUAUGCCAAUACCGAAACAUGAGAUCGAAUGUGACAUUGAAAUCUUCUUAAGAUUCAAAGCAGAUUCUGAUCAGAAAAUGGAAGUCCAGAAGGAAGUGAACAUAUUUGAAGGGAUUCCAUCAUUUGCUGUCGCGUUACGUUCAGAUCGAUUAAAACAAAUUGAACAAACAAAUGAAAAAGCGAAAAUUGAUGUCUCGUUUGUUAAAAUGCCUCUCGAUAGUCCAAUGAUUCGCACUUUUCCGGGAGCUGACGAUCGCCCUAAAAAAGAAGUGGACAGAAGGAAAAAAAAUAGUGAAGCAGCAUUCAAGUCUCGCGCGAAAAAUAAAAUUUUUGCCCACAAAUUGGAAGAAGAAGCAUUUGAAGCAAUGAGGGAAAACUUCGAAUUGAAACGCAAAGUUGCAUUCCUGAGAGCUCAAGUCAACUUCACAUUGAGGAAACAUGGAAAGAAGGAAGUCAACUUCAAUGAGCUGUUUGAAAACAAAAUCGAUCAAGUGUUGAAAAUUCAACCUAAGCAAUCACCAUUGGCCUUGACACAACCAGAAUAA